CGGGCCAUGGAGUCGGGGAGCGGCGCCGGGCGGGCGGCCCCGGGGGAUCCGCAGAUGUCCCGGGACCCGGACGCCGGACAGCGGCUGCACACGCUCAGCCAGGAGGUUCAGAAGCCGAACCGGCAGCUGGAGGAGAAGGACCGAGAGAUGCAGAAGAUCAUCACGCGGCCCCAGCAUGAACGCGAGCGGGAGAUCCUGCUGCUGCAGAGGAGCCUGGCGGAGAAGGAGAAGGUCCAGGCCACCAGCGAGGUCCUGUGCCGCUCGCUGACCGACGAGACCCAUCAGCUGCGGAGGACGCUGGCGGCCACCGCCGAGAUGUGCCAGCAUCUGGCCAGGUGUCUGGAAGAGAAACAGUCGGCGCGAGGGAAAUCGGAGGACGGGAUCCCCCUGGAGAGACCCGAUAAGCUGCAGUUUUCUGACAGCGAAAUGCCCCUACAGGAAGCCGUCAUUUGCAAGCUGCAGGAAGAAAAUACGUUAUUAAAACAGAAAGUGAUUUAUGUGGAGGAUCUGAACGCCAAAUGGCAGAAGUACGACGCCAGCCGGGACGAAUACGUCAAGGGGCUGCACUCGCAGCUGAAGGCGGCCCGGGAGCAGGCCGGCCAAGGGGCGGCCGCCAGCGGCCAGCUGAUGCGCAAGGAGAUCUUCCGCCUCAACAAGCUGCUGGAAGAGAAACUCAACGACUGCGGCCAAGUCGAGCGAGAACUGGAAGAUCUGAGGAAGGCCCGAGACGGAGACAAGGAACGCAUGCAGAUCCUGGAGGAACAGGUUCUGGUGUACAGAGAUGAUUUCACGUCGGAAAGGGCAGACAGGGAGCGGGCCCAGAGUAAGAUCCAAGAACUUCAGGAACAGGUCGCUGCUCUGCAGCAGCAGCUGUCCGGCAGGCAGGAAGGAAGAGAAGGCAGCGGUCACUGUCGGAUUCACGUCAGUAACAAGAGCCACAUGUACGUAGGGGCCAGCGUGGCGGAGCCCCUGCUGGGGGCCGGCGCGGAGCAGGGGGGCUCCCGUCGGGCCCAGCCCCGGCCCGAACAGUCGGCCUCGCAGGCGGACGCCCCCGGCUCGGCCCGCCGGGACCAGGGGGACCUCCAGUGUCCCUACUGUAUGAGGCUCUUCGACGACGAGCAGGGCGAAGAGGUGAUGAGACACAUGAUGGAGUGCUGUCAGUGACCCCACCCGGAUAGACGGACGGUCGGCCGGGACGGCCCCCCCGCCCUCGGGUCCCUCGCCCGCGCCCCCCGGGGGCCGGGGCCUCUCCGGUCCCGCGCGGCGAGGGGCCGGAGAUCUCCCCCGGCCGCCCCGCGGGAAGGUUCGUCCGCGAGCCGAGGCUCCCGCGUCCCGGGAUCCGCCUGGAGACGGUGACCCCGGGGGGACCCGGAGGAGGAAUUUUAACCCACGUCGACGGCGAGCGUCCGCCGGCGGGGUCUGUCUUCCCCGGGACCCCCAGAGUCGGGGAGGAGGGGGCCGCUCCAUCCUCAGAGACUCUUUAGGACCGAGUCGGACGGACGGAGGCGGUCUGACUGUACGAAGGAAGGCGCGGUGACGGGAGGAACGCUCGUGUCAGACGCCCGUCGACACUUGAGAGUCCCCGGUGGAGAGAGGGGCUGGCUGGCCGAAGAGCCCCUCCGUCUCCGCGCUGAAAUAUAUCGCACCGGGAAGUGCGAUGCCGUCUUUCCCCAGGUGUCCAGAUAAUUGUGGAAAGUCGAGUCCUAUAAACUUAUUUUAUAUUAUAUUAUUUUUAUAAUAAAAUGGAUUAAUACCAAGUC